AUGAGUUUAAAUAGUCCAAAAAUAUUUGGUAAUAGAUUCAUAUUCAAGAAAAAAUUAUCACAGGGUUCAUUUGGAAUAGUAUAUUUGGUACUUGAUAGAGCAACAAAUACUGAAUGUGCUUUGAAAGCAGAAAAAGAGGAGUAUGAAGAGACAAAAACUUUAGAUAGGGAAAUAGCAAUGCUAAUUUAAUUAGAUAAUGUUAUUGGUAUUCCAAAAUUGAUAUGGCAUGGUGUUGAGGGAUAAAUGUAAAUAAUGGCAAUAGAAUUAUUGGGCAAGGAUUUAGCAUAUUACAUUAAAUAAUAUAAGAAAUUUUCAUUGAAAUGUUGUUUACAAGUUUGUUAUGAUUGUUUAGAAAUUUUGAAAAAUAUUCACAAAAAAUUUAUAAUUCAUAGAGAUUUGAAACCAGAAAAUAUUAUGAUGUCUAAAGAAUUAGAUUAAAUAUACAUAGUCGAUUUUGGUAUAAGCAAGAUAUAUUUUGAAGCUGAUCAUAUGUAAAUAUUGUUCUUAACUAAGUUUCAUUAAGACCUUUUAGAGAAGACAAAGAUUUUGUUGGCACAACAAGAUACGCAUCAAUUGCUGCUCAUAAAGGAUAUGAAUUAAGUAGAAAAGAUGAUUUAGAAUCUCUCUUCUAUGUGAUAAUUUAUUUUUUAAGAGGCAAUCUUCCAUGGUAGAAUAUGCCUGUGGAAGAUUGUGAGAGAAACCGACUAGUGGGAGAAAUGAAACAGACAAUUCCAUUAUAAGAAUUAAUUGGAAAUAAAUUACCAGAAUUAAUUAAAGCUUUUUCAUAUGUUAGAAAAUUAAAAUUUGAAGAACAACCUGAUUACGAAUAUAUCAAAAAUAUAAUUGAAGAAGCAGCUGAAAAUAAUAAUAUUAAAUUAGAUGGCUAUUAUGAUUGGAAUGAAGGGGUCAAACUUAGUAAGAAGUUAUCAGAAUCGAAAUUAUCAUAAGAUAAGAAGGAAUAACAUUCACCCAAAUAAUUAGCAAAUUGUACAUCCAAAAUUUCUAAUCAAGUAAUUUGGUCACUCUUUGAUAACUCCAUGUAAUUUCCUUAUUAGAAAAUAGUCCUUAAUCUCAAAAGAAUUUAUUAGCUCCACCAGAUAUCAAAUACAAUAGAGGAGAAGUCCGUCAUUUAACUAGUUCUUCUAAUAAUUCAUUUGUAAUGGGUUCACACAGUUCAAUGAGAUUGAAAUACUUACCAUCUUAAAUGAAUAAGAAAACUAAUACAGUUUUAAAAAGAAUUGUCUCUAUUGAAUUUAUAUCAAAUUAAGAAUCUAUAUAUAAUGAAUAAAUGGAUGAAAAUUUUGAAGAUUAUCCAUUACAAUUAAAAAUAAUGUAAGCAAAUUAAUUGCAAAAAAUGUAAGUUUUUAUUUGAUAAUUAGAACCUUUAAAAAAAGUAAUAAAUUUAAUUGUUCUUCAAAUUAAUCAGAUUGA